UCGACCAUCCAAUUGGCCAGACCAUUUUUGACAAAAUCACAGAUUAAACAUGCACAGGAACGAACAAUUGAAAGUUCAACAGUUUAUGAACAACGAAGAAAUCAAAUAUUUAAUUUUUUGAUGAAAAUUUGUGUUUCUUUGAAAUUUCCAACUAAAACACUGGAAACUGCAAUGAUUUAUUACCAACGAUACUUCUUAUUCAACAAAUUUGAUAUAGCAAUUUAUUAUGAUAUUGCCAUCACCUCAAUAUUCAUAGCAAGUAAGAAUGAAGAUACAAUCAAGAAGUUGAGAGAUAUACUUCUGGUGUCAAAUCAAAUUAGAAAUACAUUUCUCAAUCAAGAUCAACUUGAGUUAUAUCGUAAAAAGAUUUUGAGUUUGGAAUUUAAACUAUUGGAAACAAUCUCAUUUGAUUUCAGACUAUUCCAUGUUGAAGAUUUCUUAAUCAAGAUUUCAAAAUCAUUGAAAAUUCCAAAAGAUAUUGGAUAUUUAGCCUGGUUAAUUGCAUAUGAUUCAUACCAAACAGAAAUUGCUUUAAAAGUUCCGCCACAAACAAUUGCCAUUGCAUGUAUUUCAUUAGCCACAAAACUGAAAGAUUUUGAAACCACAAUAAGAUCAGAGUUUUAUUAUACAUCUGAUAAUUCUGUGAAUGAGGCAUUAUUAGAUCUUUUAGGAUUAUAUAUAAAUUCAUACAACUAUACAGGAUUGGCUAGUAUAUACCCAGAUUUCCAAAAUAAAUUUGUUGAGAUAAGAAUACCCUUAUCAGAUGCUCAAGGUUUGAAAGAACAAACUGCAGAUCUGAUUAAAGAGGAUGAUUACUUCAAAGAUCGUGAUUUCUCUAUAGGAGAAAGAAGAUACAUGUUG